UUCAAAAGACAAUUCAGACAAAGUUAAAUUGGUAUUUAAAAAAAGAUUAUGGAAUUAAUCGAUCAAAAUCAUUUGAAAUCUUUAAAACAAACAACUACAAAUUCAUUGCAUCUAAUUGAGAACAAUUUGUUUCGACUGGAUAGUCAACCUGCAGAUGUGAAAAUUACUAAACAAUGGACAUUGAAAUCAUUGUUGAAAAAAUCUAAACCCAAAUCAGAAUGGGAUAAAUACGCAGUGGUCGAUCGAUCGAAUUGGUCUAAAUCACAAAUGACUUUUAGUCCAAGUCCAACACGAUAUUAUAUCAAAAGAUUCACUGUUGAACGUCCAUAUACUUGUAGUUUCAAGAGUACUGGUCGAACGAAACCAUAUCCAUUGUUUAGUAAUAAUGGUUUAUGGUUACUUCCUGGUGCUUAUAAUAUUAAUCAAGUAGAUGAAAAAUUACAUCAAUGUCAUCGAACGUAUUCAUUUAAAAAUACACCAAGAAAAUCCAAUGACAUUCUAUUUGGUAUACAAGAUAAAACUUUAUGCUUAGCUCCAGGUCAAUAUAAUCCGUAUAAUAAGAAUGAUCAGAAAAAAAGUACACGAUUACCUGAAUAUCAUAGUAUGUUUAAAACAAAAUAUCCUCGAACAGUUGUAAGUCCAAAAAAAGAGAAUGUUCCACCGCCAGGUGCUUACAAUUUAACACGUAAACAAACAUUUGGAAUAAUUUCUCCAUUUGUAUCACAAGUUCCUCGAUUUAAACGUACAAAAUCGUUUGCUCCAGGUCCUGGUACAUAUGAAAUCAGUGGAGGAAUGCAACCUGUGGAACAAUUAAGAAAAAUGGGUACACAUUGUGGGCUAUUUUUUCGUGACUAUGAGAAUCAUGGUGUCGACGAUGAUAAUCAUGAUGAUGCUGAUGUUAGUAGAAAUAAACGAAAAUACAAAAAAUCAUGAAUCAGAAAAAACACUUGAAAUUUACUUUUUUUUGUCUAGGACAAACAUGUUACAGGCAUUUUUUUCUAAAUCACCCAAUAAACUUUAUCAAUUAA